AUGCUCGCGGUAGCCAUAUCACACUCCCUGGCAAUUCUUGAUCACGCUGCUCUAAAACGAGUCUCGUCCUCGACUCCGUCUACUCUCCCACUGGAUGCAUCUCCUACAGCCAUUUUUUGGUCUUCGGACAACAGCUCUUUAACCCUGUCGAGCGCCAACAACGUCAGUUCUUAUGAUUUGUCCACAAACGUGCUCUCGACUAUCUACCUCUGCCCGUCCGGCGACGACGGGCCCAUAACCGCUCUCGUCUCCAAAGACCGCGGGAACACCAUCGUCUUUGCACAAGGCGCGCAAGUGCGCGUGCUUGAAGCACAUGCACGGCGGAUCGUGCAGACAUUCGAUGCGCACAAGACGUUGGUGGUCGCCCUCGCCCUCGCGAACGACGCCAGUCUGCUUGCAUCUGCGUCCGCUGGCGCAGUGCAUGUGCACAAUCUCUCACACGGUGCGCAUACAGUGCUCCGCGGGCUCCCGGUGGGAGCAGGAGAGGUGCGGGCGUGCGCGUUCCAUCCGCACGCGCGUACACGACUUUUGGUGGGCGCGGGCGCGACGCUGCUGGUGUACGACACCACACGCCCGUCGGGGCCCGUGAAGAGUAUUACAGUAUGCAAGGAGAAGAGUGCGGGGGAUAUCGUCGCGAUUUCAAGCAGCCCCUUUAGCAAGACGCUGGUGGCGGUGGCGUGCAGCGGGGGCUUCAUCAGCCUCGUGGACUUGGAGAAAGAUAAAGGACUCUGUCGGACGAUCUCUGUGCACGUCCCCCUGACCUCAGUCACCUUCUCGGGCGAAGGUGCGACGCUGUACGCGGGCACGGAGAAUGGGAAGGUGUUUAUACAGGACUUGCGCUCGCUUGAUAAACCACCAAAGUCGAUCACGAUCAAUGAGCAGGGAGAUCGUGUUGUAGCAAUGUCCAUGCAGAAAAAGCUCAAAAAAGAAGAGAUUGCUCCUAAGCCUACUGCGGUGGCGACUAGCAGGCCACUUGCGCAACAAGACGUAAACAAGAAUCCUCAACGGAAUAUGGAGCGUGCGGCCGAUUCAAGGAAGAAGGUGGCCACCACCGGGUCUAUGAAAGCGAGACUGCUUUCGCCGAUUACAGCUCGCAAUUUGUCGGGUAAAGGUGCACGGGAGACUCGUGCAGCGCCUGUAGAGUCCCCUCGAUUGGCGCGGACAAGAGGUGCCCCACCAAUGGCAAGGAAAGCAAGCGCUGGAGGGGUUACAAAAAGGGUGUUUUCACCUCCCAAGUCGCCCCUCGGUCAGAUAGCCUCUACGGAGGAUGAUAAGGAGGAGGAUCCUGAUAUUUCCGUGUCAAUUGAGAACUUGUUAUCUCUCCAAACGGCGAAAGCAAAGGAAAAUGUCGCUCCCACUGAGAUCGGCUCAGGUUCUCCACCUAUGACAACUUCGGCUUCAAGACCGAGUUCGUCACGUACAUCCUCACACUCGGAGAAUGGCAAGACACGUACUCGAGUAUCUAGCUCUGCUUCUGUUGCCACUUUGCGCACACGCUCCGUAUCUGGAGGUAGCAGCCGGAGCGCGAGCAGCAGUGGCAAAUCGACCAAGUCCUCUGCAUCGGGGUCGUCAUCCAUCUCCUCCAUUCCACCUGUUCCUGCUGUUCCGGCCGCGUAUAAGGCGCAGGCUCGGAGUUCGCUCACGCCAAGCCCGGAUCUACCUGACACUGAACUGGCCACACCGAUCACGCCAUUGCCAAUGGGCAAAGGGGUGAACAAGGGGAAGGGAAAGAUGGGAGCAAUGGGCGUUCUGGGUUUGGGGACACCCGAAGUCGACAAGUGGAUUCGAGCGGGGGAAGAAAACCCCUCGGACGAGGAGGCUGAACCCAAAAUGGAAGGAAGACGUGUUGGCUUUGCGUCUCACGGAGACGACGGACGGCGAAGUGCCUUGUCUGGUGAAGACCGCGACGAGACGGACCAAGAGGUGGCCGAAGAAGAAAUGUGCGAUGCCGGCGCGAAGUUGGCGGUGCAGGUCACUCCCCGCCGGACUUUCGCAGGAGGAUCCGACUGGGCCCCCGUCCCGUCGCCGCUGCGCAACCUAGCGAAUCCGCAUCCUACCUCGCCGCGCUCGCACGCUGCAGCUGAUCUCCUGCAGACACUGCUCCGCGACGCGAUGUACGACUUCCGACAGGAGACACGCACAGAACUCGUCGGACUGCACUUGGAUAUGCUCCGGAUGGGUCGUGGGCUGCGCAGCGAGCUGCGGUCGGUGGUUGACGAGUUUCGUGGGGAGAUUUCGUCGCUGCAGGAAGAGAACAGGAGGUUGCGGGAGGAGAACGAACGGCUGAGAAGGGGGUAUUGA